AUGGAACGCGAACGAGACGCUGACUACUGCCUCCUCUUCGUCAAAAACCUCAAAGGGGCUGUGCUCGAAUGUUUUUCUCGUCUGAAACGAAACUCCAUCGGAAGUUUCUGUCAGCUCGCCUCGGAGUUUCUCAAACAGUAUUCAAUGUUCAUGGACAUGGAAACCUCAAACAUGGACCUUUGGAGUCUAUCUCAAAGAGAAGACGAACCACUCCGCGAAUUCAUGAACAUGUUCAAGCUGGACGCCCUUCACAAGGCAACGGAUUUCAUCAUGAUUGAAGAAGAGAUGAAAGUCCUCUCCCAGAAGUACAACCCACAAAAGACGUCCGCGAGAAGGAAAAACCCUCGUAACGACAGGUAUGUCCAUCGCGAGGGAGAAGAUCUCCAGGGCAAGCAUAAUUACGCUAUCAACUCCGAACAGGGAAAGACUUCCGGAAAUACCUGGACUAGGAACCAGUUCAAGGAUAAUUCCUACUGCGAGUUCCACCAGACCAAAGGUCAUUCCACUAUGAACUGCAAAGUUCUCGGCGCAAGGCUUGCUGCGAAGCUCCUCGCCGGCGAAAUUUCGAAGGUCACGGGCAUAAAAGACCUCCUCCUGGAUUCUGAUCUCCCUCCCAAAACUGAUAAAGAGUCCCCCGAAAAUGACACCCGCGAAAAUCAGUCGGGCAAGAAACGCGGAAGGAGGCAGGAUGACCGAGGAAACGACAACAACCGUCGAAGGAUGAGCAUGAUCAUCGGGCGAUCGAAAUUCUAUCGCGAUUCGAUCUCGUCGAUCAAAGCUUAUUGA